UUUAUGGUCACUUAUUAAAAAUAAUCCUUUACUGAGAUUUUUAUCGAAUUUCCUCCUUGUUCUAAAACAUUUAAUACAUUGUAUUAUUCAUUAUUAUUACUUGGAAUGAGAAUGAAAGAUUCAUUUUCAUCCUACAUAGCUGUAUUAUAUUAUUUAAUAUUAAGUUUUUAGAAGAUAAAAAAAGGUUUUGUUAAGAUGGGAAAGAAAAAUAGUGGAGUGAAAAAUGAAUUUAGUUUUUUGAAUUAAUUCAUAAGAAAUAUUGAGUUAGACCUUAUUGGAUAAUUUAAUAAUGAUGAUUUAGGAAUGUUGAUAUCAGGAUGUAUUAUUGGAUGGAAUCAAAUGUAAAAUUUUAUUAAAGGUCUCUGAGCA